CCAGACAAAGUGCAAAACCCCCGAACCCCACCACAUCCACCCAUCGAGCGAAACGCACGCUCAAUUCCUCUUCGCCUCCCCCACCAAACGCGCAGCGGCCGCCGCUCCUGGCUCCUCCCCGCGCAAGCUCGCAAGAAAAUCUCCCCUCCUGCAUCCUGGCCAGGUCCAGCUUGUAGCCAUCUCUAUCUGCCUUGUUCAGUAAACAACGACAGCAAGAGUGCUGUCCCAACCACCUCCAAUUUUCCUGAUUUUUUCUUGCCCAAAAUCUCAAAGAGAAAGGUCCAAUGUUCUGCUAUGAUCGAGCUGUUCCUAGAGCCAGCUUAUAGCAAACAGGUGUAAAGGGAUCCAUGAACAUCUUUCCUUGAGACACAACAUCUAUAAAUCUACAAUGGCACACCUAAUCAGAUGCCUCACACUGCUAUGCAUCUUGUCACUUGCUGUGGCGGCUGACAACACCACCAUCGGCUCUGGCCAGAUAAGGCUAGAUUGUGGAGCAUCAAGUCCAACGGCCCCUGAUGCUAAUGAACGGACUUGGGACAGUGACACUGGUUCCAAAUUUGCUCCUUUACUGAAAGGAACUGCAGCCACUGCAUCAUACCAAGAUCCUGCACUACCCUCGACUACGCCUUACAUGACUGCUCGCAUCUUCACUUCUAAUUACACAUAUUCCUUUCCCGUUGGUCCUGGUCGCAUGUUUGUCCGUCUCUACUUAUAUCCUAGCACUUAUGGAAACCAUGCUCCUGCAAAUGCCUAUUUCGGUGUCACAGCCGCCAAUCUGACCCUUUUAGAUAACUUCAAUGCCUCCCAAACAGCUCUGGCAACAAAUAGUGCCUCCUUUGUUCUUGAAUACUCUGUAAAUGUUUCUGCAAGCAAGCUAGACCUCACUUUCUCCCCAUCCACACACCAGAAUGGCUCUUAUGCAUUCGUCAAUGGGAUUGAAAUCGUGCCCACACCUGACCUCUUCACUACACCAACACCAACACUAGCAAAUGGUGGAAACCCAAAUCCAUUCCCCAUCGAUCCUGCAACAGGUUUCCAAACAAUGUACCGGCUUAAUGUUGGGGGCCAGGCCAUCUCUCCGCAAGGUGAUAUUGACUUUUACCGCCAAUGGGAUGAUGACAGUCCUUACAUAUAUGGUUCUGGUUUUGGGGUGUCCUUUGGGAAAGACAAAAACCUUUCCAUCACAUAUACACCCAGUGUACCAAAUUACACCGCACCUGUUGGUGUCUAUGAAUCUGCACGGUCAAUGGGGCCAAAUGCACAGGUCAACCUGAACUCCAACCUUACAUGGAUUUUACCAGUUGAUGCGGGAUUCUGUUACCUGCUAAGGUUCCACUUCUGCGAGAUCCAGUAUCCAAUAACUAAGAUCAAUCAGAGGUCAUUCUUCAUCUACAUCAACAACCAGACAGCACAGCAGCAAAUGGAUGUCAUCGCAUGGAGCGGAGGAAUCGGCAGAACAGCAUACACAGACUACGUUAUCAUCACACCUGGUUCCGGUCAGAUGGACUUGUGGGUUGCCCUUCACCCUGAUCUUUCGUCGAGACCAGAGUACUAUGAUGCAAUAUUGAAUGGUCUCGAGAUCUUCAAGAUACAGAAUUAUGGAAAUAACAGUCUUAAUGGGCUCAACCGUCCCAUUCCAUCUGUUGAACCUGAUGGGAAGCCUGGUGGAAGAAACCCAAAGGUUGCUGCACCAGCAGCCAUUGGUGGAGCUGUUGGUGGAUUUGUUGUGCUACUGAUUGCCUCUAUUGGUGUGUGCAUCAUCUGCAGAAGAAAGAAGAAGGUAGCCAAGGAAUCUGGGAAAUCUGAUGAUGGUCACUGGACUCCUCUCACUGAUUACAGCAAGUCACAAUCAAACACCUCAGGAAAGACAACCAACACAGGGAGCCGCACAUCGACGUUGCCAUCUAAUCUUUGUCGUCAUUUCUCAUUUAGUGAAAUCCAGGCUGCCACCAAUAAUUUUGAUCAAACCUCACUCCUUGGCAAAGGUGGGUUUGGGAAUGUGUACCUUGGAGAGAUAGAUAGUGGCACAAAGGUGGCAAUCAAGCGUGGCAACCCAAUGUCUGAGCAGGGUGUUCAUGAGUUCCAGACUGAGAUUGAGAUGUUGUCAAAGCUCCGUCACCGCCACCUUGUGUCAUUGAUUGGGUAUUGUGAGGAUAUGAAUGAGAUGAUUUUAGUGUACGACUACAUGGCCAAUGGAACUCUUAGGGAGCACUUGUACAACAGCAAGAAGGCACCACUCUCAUGGAAGAGUCGGCUUGAGAUCUGCAUCGGUGCAGCUCGGGGUCUGCAUUACCUUCAUACAGGUGCAAAAUAUACCAUCAUACACCGAGACGUCAAGACCACCAAUAUUUUGUUGGAUGACAAGUUGAUUGCUAAGGUUUCUGACUUUGGCCUGUCGAAGACUGGUCCAAAUGUCGAUAACACUCAUGUGAGCACAGUUGUGAAGGGAAGCUUUGGAUACCUCGACCCUGAGUACUUCCGACGGCAGCAGCUCACUGAGAAAUCUGAUGUCUACUCGUUUGGGGUUGUGCUGUUUGAGGUCCUCUGCGCGCGCCCUGCCCUGAGCCCCUCACUUCCAAAGGAGCAAGUGAGCCUUGCCGAUUGGGCACUGCACUGCCAGAAGAAAGGCAUUCUUGGCCAGAUCAUCGACCCAUAUCUCCAAGGGAAAAUUUCUCUCCAAUGCUUCAUGAAAUUCGCAGAGACCGCAGAGAAGUGUGUGGCUGAUCACAGCAUUGACAGGCCAUCUAUGGCCGAUGUCCUCUGGAACCUUGAAUUUGCACUCCAGCUGCAGGAGAGUGCAGAGGACAACAGCAGCCUCACCAAUGGGACAUCAUCAAACACAUCACCACUUAUCGUGCCCAGGCUUCACUCGGAUGAACCAUCGACAGACACAACCACUACCACAUCAACCACAAUGAGCUUGACAGGGCAGAGCCUUGCAAGUAUGGAGUCAGACGGGCUGACCCCAAGCAGUGUCUUCUCACAGCUCAUGAAUCCAGGUGGCCGGUGAAAGCCAACUGUAAGCUAGAAUUGCAGUUAAUAUCUUCAGAUUUGCUAUGUAUUUCCAGCUUCGUGGUAUAUAUAACUAACUAGUAUAUUUAUCAUAUAGACAUGUUCAGCUCCUAUUAUAUAGAACCGGUAUAUAUUUUUGUCUAGUCGAAAUCACUGUAAUUGUAUGGCUAUUGCCAAGGUACUGUGUUUUCCAUUAUCAUUGAAAAGCUUUUAGAGAUACGAAUCUCACUUAAGGAUCGAUUUGUAAAAUUUACAUGUGCAAGCAAGGUGUCACUAUUUAGUUCC